GUUGCACUGAACACUGCAUAGAGCAGGACAAGGCUGCACAGCAGAAAUGGCUAUCCCGUGCCUGGGACCCCAGGAAGCGCUGGAACAAUAGCCCGGCCUGCAGCUUCCCAAUGCCAGCCUUCUUAGGGUCGCGGGUGUCGUCGUACCUUCCCCAUCCUCCUGUACCACCGUGUACCCUUUCCCGCAGCAGCUCGGCCGUCCUCUGCUCUCGCUCUGUGUGACUGGAUUGCUGCUCCCCUGCUGGUGUGUGGAUCCAAGCCAUGUCUGGCAAACACCAGCAUUUCAACGGACCUGAAGUCAGCUGCUGUGUCAAGUAUUUCUUGUUCGGCUUCAACAUAGUGUUCUGGUUGCUAGGAGCUGCUUUCCUGGCUAUUGGAUUUUGGGCAUGGGCGGAAAAGGGGGUACUCUCCAACAUCUCAUCUAUCACAGACCUGAGCGGAUUGGACCCUGUGUGGCUUUUCAUGGUGACCGGGACUAUAAUGUUUGUGCUGGGAUUUGCAGGCUGCAUUGGAGCUCUACGGGAGAACACCUCACUUCUGAAGUUUUUCUCGGUCUUCCUGGGGCUGAUCUUUUUCCUAGAGCUGACUGCAGGGAUCCUGGCCUUUGUGUUUAAGGACUGGAUCAAAGAUCAACUCAACUUCUUUAUUAACAACAAUGUGAAGGCAUAUCGCGAUGAUAUAGACCUGCAAAACCUCAUUGAUUUUGCUCAGGAAUAUUGGUCUUGCUGUGGUGCUCAUGGACCUAAUGACUGGAACCUCAAUAUUUACUUUAAUUGCACAGACUCUAAUCCAAGCAGAGAGCGUUGUGGAGUCCCAUUUUCCUGCUGUGUGAAGGACCCUGCAGAGGACGUUCCCAACACUCAGUGUGGAUACGAUGUGAGGAUGAAACUGGAGCUGGAGCAGCAGAGUUAUAUUUACACCAAGGGAUGUGUGGGACAGUUUGAGAAGUGGCUACAAGACAAUUUAAUAAUAGUGGCUGCAGUUUUCGUGGCAGUUGCAUUACUUCAGAUAUUUGGAAUCUGCUUGGCUCAGAAUCUAGUUAGCGACAUAAGAGCUGUGAAGGCAAACUGGUGACACAUUGCCCUGAAUGUCCCGAGCCCUUUGGACUCUGUAGCCUACUUUUACAGGACUGCAUCGUAACAUCAGAAACUACUCGGCAUGAACUGAUACUGGAAUACCUCCCUGUACUUCAUAGUAUUUCUCGGAAUAUUCUCGACUGUGGAUGAGGCGAUUUAAAUGCAGUGUGUGUUCCGUCCUGCUGAUUUGGGGAACAGACGUUUAUCUGUGCAACAAGACCCACAUCAGCCCAAGCUUCCUUCCCUCCCUGGAGGGGCCGGCAUUGGAAGCAAAGAUGUAAUAUAUGUGCAUGUAUGAUUCAGAAAGGGCAGUGUGACAGUGAUUUAUAUUUAUAAAUAUAUUAUAUAUAUCUAUAUAACAAACAGGAGAGACUGCACAUCAGUUGGACUUGUUUUCUAAGCCAUGAAUCUGGAAGGAACUACUUCUCGUAAAAACUGCUUCCAGGAUGGUGUGGAGUGCUCACCUCUGAACCCUGUAUUGUCAAACACUGGAGCCGUCGCAGCUUUAUGGUUUGGUAUUAAUCAUUCAAUAGAGCUGCCAAUGUGAUUUUUGUAUGGAAUUGGGAAGGGGUGGGGGGUCAUUUGUGUAUUGAUUUCUUUGUACUGGGACAUGUAUGCCUUUGCAACUGGUUACAUUAGAAUCACUUUAUCUGACUGUAAACAAAGCAAAGUAUAGGUUGGGUAUCCCAACAGCACUGGAGGGGGAUGCCAUACCAUAGAACCUUCAUGCCAGAUGUGAAGUGUGGUUUUGGAUUUUUUUUUUA